AUGCCAUCGGGGACUAGCACGGGUAGGCGCUCGUGCCCAACAAGUGUCGAUAUACUUCCGUCAGAAAAGUAUCGUACCUUUUUUGUUGAAUUAUUUAUCUCUUUCAUUGCAAAAUCUCGCGAUCCAAAUAUUAAAUGUGAAGCUCGUGUUUAUACAGAUUUACUUAAUACCGUUAUUUUUGUUAACAAUAAAUCACAUUCACAUUCUGCAAAUGCUGUUAAGCUUGAAGUUCGCAAAGGUUAUGAAUAUCUUCGUUAUCAUGCAAUAAAUUCGUAA